AUGGACCUGAAAAUCUUUCAUGACAAAUCAUGGUCUACCAUAUGGCACCCAGCCGGCGAUCCCCCUAAUGACACCGAAUCCGAGCGAAGCAUACGGCAGCGUCCACUGCCAGACUGGAGCGAUGGCCCGCAGUUUUUGAAAUUUCAGUCCUUUCAGCCCGGAGGGUGGCCAUGGGGCUUUGCUAUCUAUCGCACCUCCUAUGCCAAGACAUGCGAUGAAGACUGGGCCAGAGCUAUUGAGAAAUUCGACGAAGCCUGCCUAGCUGACCUGGGGGAUAGUGAGCGCUGGUGGUUCCAAUCGGGGAAAAGUCAUAUAUAUGAGGCCCGGCAGGGCUACCGAAAUGUCAUAUUUGAAGAUCCGGCUUUGGAAGGGGCGUCGGAAGUGGUGAUUCGCAAUCGGCACAGAAAAUGGGUGGAAGGUCACGGUCUCCCCGUGUUGCAUUCUUCCCCUCGCAUAAUGUACUGUCUUUUAUUCGACGAUCGAUGUAUACGGUCUAUUUUGGCUAGUACGCUGCCGAAGAAAUCUUCCCCUCUGGCACAUCAACUAGAACGCCCACAUCAUGGACGUGACCCCGAUGGGAUGGUUGGAUAUGUGAACCUUAUUGACGCUGAAUUCGACCCUGAAGAUCCGGAGAAUGAAUGUGGACCGUGCUAUCAUGGGCUGGUUCGUCUUCAUUUGGAUUGUUUAUUCAAGUUUGCGAACAGUUGUGAAGACUUGAUGGCGCACCGGGAAUGGGAUGGUUAUGUGAUGGAAAAUCCGACCCAGGUGAUUUACAUCGAUGGCCCGCACUCGACGAUUGAGUCGAAAGAAAUGUUUCUUUCAUCUACCGCAAGGUUCUUGGGUGAAGGAGAAAGCGUCACCGAGGCCCAAUACAUCGAAGCACAGCGAUAG